AUGGCUGACAUUCGCACCCGCUUUGAACGCCUCUUCGUCUCCCUGCGCCAAACACCGCAUAUCGAAGUUCUCGAGGCUGAAAUCGGCCCUCCCACAAACGAGGAGGAUAUCCGGUUCGUUCUGCAGCGCACAAAGGGCCAACUACCCACAGGGGUGGAGAACUUUUAUCGUGCCUUGGGCUGGGUGAGGCUGGAAUGGCGGCACACGGUGAAAGAGAUCGCGGCACGCAACAUGAGCGAUCAAGGUUUUGUUCGGAUCCUACCAUUAAAGGAGGUGUUUGACGAGUGGGAAGGGAUCAUAUGGUGGGGAGAAAGUGAGGGAGAGAGCGACGACGAUGUUGCUGAACGCCAAGAAUUCCGCUCUGUGAAACCAUUCGACAUGUUUGUGCCGGAAGCUUGCGUUGCGUUUCUCCAACCACCUCCACGCCUUGGCAGUAGCUCCAAGGUGUGGGGUCAGCCAGGCGAACACGUCGCCUUUCAUUAUUGUGGGGAGGAGCUAUAUAAGACGCGAUAUUCAUUCGACGAUUAUAUUGAUAGACUGCUUGCCUCACGAGGUUUCUGGUACUGGUCCAUGACCCUAUGUACUGAAACACAGGAGGCGGUAGAAACAAAGGACUUUCGACAGAAGAUGCCGCUACUUUUUGAAGAUUACGAUGACGACCUGUUUCAGCCUUAA